AACUAAACUGCUUCCGGUUUGUGUUUCCCUUUAAGAACAGGAGGAAGUGAAGUCCAGGGGGUGUGGCCUGUCUGUUGACAACUUCACGAGCAGGUUGCGUGUUACAGCCAUGUCCUCUCCAGAGAUCUCCUCUCUCUCCUGGGGCCACAUGAAGGUGAAGGGAUGCUCCUCCAGCUACAAGGACUGUAAGGUGUGGCCUGGAGGCAGCCGGGCCUGGGACUGGAGAGAGACCGGCACUAACGUGAGUGGAAGCCCGAUCAGAACCGAUCCCACAGCACCGAAACAGGACCAUAGCCCGCUGUGGUUCUUUGUGACCGGGCUCACACUUGGUUAUUUCUCCUCCCAGCAUCACCCUGGAGUGCAGCCUGCUGAUCUGGAGGAGGUGCUGCAGAAGGGAGUCGACCUGCUGGUAAUCGGCAGAGGGAUGAGUGAAGCCCUGCAGGUUCCCUCCACCACUCUGGACUUUGUGAAGCAGAGCGGCGUGGACGUCAGAGUCCUGCAGACGGAGAAGGCCGUUGCUGAAUACAACAAACUGGUUGGUCAGGGGGCCAAGGUGGGCGGAGUCUUUCACUCCACCUGUUGAGGUCGGGCCCUGUGUUCGUCCACCGGAGGAAAUGACCGACAGGCGAUGGAGACGCCGUGUUCCACCGUCUGGUUUGAACCGGUGGUUUCCUCCUGCAGAUCUCACCGAUCACUGUGAGACUCAAACAACAGCUCUAAUCUUAAAGUGGGUCGGUCCUCACGUUGUGUGUUUGCUGCGCUGUAGAAGGUCACUGGCGUCUAAAGAGAAUUUAUUUAAAGAUUCUAAAUCAGGGAACUCUUUUCACUUUUGUAUAUUUGACUCUAGAUGAAGAAAAUCUGUCGACAGAGAAAUUCAGUUUGUCGUUGAUGUUAUUUCAAAGUCGACUUCAAAUCAGGUUGAAGAUGAAACGUUAGAACAUUUGACCUUUUGUGUAAAAAGAACUGGUUGCUGUGAAGUUGAUGAAUGUUCAGAUCAGUUUUCAUGAGAUGAGUUUGUCUUGUUUGCUACAGAAAAUAAAAUGAGAGAAUAAAUCUCCUCCA